GUGUCAGAUCUGACAAUUACCAGGAAACCUGAACAAAUCUGUUUAAAAUUUACAAUCUCUGAUGCGAUCGACGUCGCACAGGUUGCGAAGGCCAGCAAUGGAAAUCGGAUUGAUGACUUUUAGGGAGAAGGAGCCCCUUGAAAUGCCGCUGUUUCCAUUGCAUUCCCGACGCCGUUGCGCGGAUUUUCCCGUGGGAGGUUAAAGGAUUGGCACUACGUUGAUGAAGAAGAAUGAGUGGGUGACGAAGCGUGUGAGCUUGGCUCGUAAAUUCGACGAUUGUAAGUAUGUGGUUUUAGCACGGAGAGGGUGGUGGAGAUGCGGUGACAGGGGUCUAGGGUUUUCGUAGCCCAGGAAGGUCGAGACUUUCGUUGUUUGAACGGGAAUUUUGGUGGAAGUGGAGUGUGGAGGGGAAGAAAUGGAUUCGUGGGUUCUGAUUUGAUUAUGACGAAAGUGCCUGGAGUUUUUGAUUGUUUUGAGGAAGGGUUGAGGUACCAGCUUUUCAAGAUGAUGGGAUCUUUCAUUACCAGGGGAAUCAUAAUGUUACUUGGUUAUGUGUAUCCGGCAUAUGAAUGCUUCAAGGUAGUGGAGAAGAAUAGGCCCAAUUUGGAGCACUUGCGAUUUUGGUGUCAGUACUGGAUUAUAAUUGCAGCUCUUACAGUGUUCGAACGAUUGGGAGAAAUUAUGAUUUCUUGGGUUCCAAUGUAUAAUGAAGCGAAGCUGGCUUUUAUCAUAUAUCUUUGGUAUCCAAAGACUCUGGGAACAUCGUAUGUGUACUUUACCUUUUUGAGACCCUUUGUAGUCAAGCACGAGUCUGAGAUUGACCGUCAACUGAAUGAAUUAACGACCAGAGCUGGAGACUUGGCCUUUUUCUGGUGGCAUCGGAGUUCAGGUUAUAUUCAAGCACAGUUCUAUCAGCUUCUAGCUUAUGUUGCCUCACAGUCAAAUAGGACUCAGCAGGGUACAGAUUCCCGUCAAAUUCCUCAACCUUCUCGACAACCUCCUCGUCCUACUUCGCAAAUCCCUCAUCAUGAUGGCCCGCAGGGUGGCCCUCAAGUCUGUCCACCUCCUCCGUCUGAAGGGCUUCCUGAAUCUGCUCCCGGAGGUGCAGGUUAUCCUCCGGUAAAUGUUGAAGGUCCUCAUCCUCCUCCAGCAGCACCCCUGAUUGGGUCAGGUCUUUAUCCUCCUGUGGCUGGCCAAGCUGGUCAAGGGCCCUACCCCCCUCCACCAGGACCUCAUUCUACUGGCUCAGUCUACCGUCGGCGUGGAUCAGGAACAGGAACAGGGCCAGCGAAUCUUCUCUCAGAGGAUUCGGAUUCGGAUUCGGAUUCAGAUUAUGAUAUAGUGGAGCACAGUGCAGAGAACCGCCCGGAAGGUCGUCCUGAGGGUCGAUUGGAGAGUAAGCCUCUGCAAGCAAAUCCAUCGACUGGAGUGCAUGAUGUGCCCUUAAAAGUUUAUAACACGAGGAAUCGUCUGCGAUCCAGUGGUUCCCGGUGAGAAGUUGAUGAUGGCUGCUUGCCAAUGAAGAACGAACUUCCUCAGUAUGCUAGUCACGGUUGUCUGUCCAGACCAUUUCGUUGGAUUGAUUUGGAAUGGUGAAGGAUAUGAACUACCUAACGUAAAUUUUCGUUAAGAUCAUGGUGAACAAACGUCAAUGUGGCAAACUUGCUGGUUGGUAUUGGGACUGCUGAAAAUCGUCUCUAUCAAGCUGAUACACCCAAGGCAUAUUUUAAACGAGCCAGGGAAAUUGGACCGCUGCAAGUGUAAGAUUUCAACCUCUAGCACUUUUUGUUACACAGCCCAACCAAGGAGUGGAAUACGCACAAUUUUGUGUCCGGUACAUAUUACACUUCGCCGUCAUUCAAACCUGCGUUUCUGUGGUAUUUGUUUGAAUGGGCCACUUUUCAUUUUUAUUAACCAUUGA